AAGCCAUAUUUGUGUUUCCUGUCCUGCUUUCCCAGUCGAAAUUCGAUGCAUAAUUCGCAUUUUUUCGCGUUUGGAGAUUCAUAAAAGUUUUAAAACCAUGUCAGCCGACUUCCAGUGUGGAAGUGGCGCGAUUCACGAAACUUCUGCAACAGAUGGCGCCUAUUCGGAGGAGGAAAACAAGGCUAUUAGUGAUUCGGGUCCAAGCUUAAACUUGGAUACUGAAGAAAAAUUCGAAGUUCCACCUGUAUAUGAAACCCUCGAGGAUGUGCCUAAUAAGGAAAAUAUAAUUAAUUGCGAAGAACCAAAUACAGCGGGUUUGGAACCAGACGAACCGGAUGAGCAAAUUCAACACGAGGAGAUAAUAGACGAAGAAGUAUCAGGUAUAAUAGCAGAUGACAUACCAACAGAUACAAGUCAAAUGGGUGAUAUCUGCCAUGUCUAUGGUGAACAAGAUGAUACUGAGGAUCAAUUUGGAGAGGUUGUUCAAGAAGAAGAGCAAAGAGACGACAAUAAACUGCUAUUCGUUAAUGAGUGUGGAGAAAUAAUAGAACCUCCAGCUGGUGAUUACAUAACCGAAGGAAACGUUAUUAUUCGUGUAGGAUCCAACAGUGAUGUGUAUGAAUGUGAAGUUGCAAAUUCUGUAGAUAUUGAGGAGAUAAAUGAUUCUGACAUUCCUAUGGAGCGCGAACAAACAAUUCCUAACGAUGAAUUUGAAAGUUCAGAUGCUAGCUUGAUCUCAUCUGCCCCCCUAUCUGCUGUUAUGGACUCAACUCAAGACGAUAGAUUCUUCUUGAAGAGUCCAGAUUAUCAGGACCACGAUCCAUUUCUUUCUUCUGCUCAGGACCAGGAGUCUUCCUGGCAAAUGUCUAAUACAAAUGAUGCAGAUCCUUCAUAUAUUCCGAAAGGAAAACGUAAAAAAGAAGCAAGAGAAUCCAAUAAGCCAUCAAAGAUACCAAAGUUAACGAAAGAAAUCCCGAAACGAAUUAGAUUUCCUACGGGACCUGCAGGUCUACCAAAAAUGCCUUUUCCUGUUGCUCCACCGGAUAUAUUUCCCUUUCCAAGUCGCUCCGACACGACAGAGACUAAGGCUGCUUUAAACAAAUUAAACGAUUUAACAAAACUAAACCUUCAGAAAGAUGGAACUGUUUCAGGAGCAAUGUUUGUCCAAAAAAGCCUCGAAAGGGAGGCGAAUAGCAACGAAUUAGCACUAACAAUGACAAAUGUCAGGCACCAUCUUUUUGGAAAGAAAAACGUAGAAGAAACUAAAUGCAACGGAACUGGAGGUUGGAGGGUAGUUAAAGGAAAACAACCAUCGAAUAUUAAUUCUAAAACGAACCUACUAGACAUAUUGACACCUACCAAACCUCCACCUCAAAACUUCCAAACAUUACAACCGCCGCCAAUUGGUCCCAAAACCACUUCAAUUACUGCUUUCCCACCUAACCGACCAGGAGUUGUUCCGCAAACUGUUGUUCCCAAGAUACAAAACGGAAGAAGUGGAUUUAUUGCUAGACCUCUUGAUCCGUACCAAGAUCCUCCUGCUCCCUAUCCAGGUUCUAAUCCCUUAACGCCGGUGAUAAUACCCACUGAAGGUCUCCCUCCAGCCGUCAAAAUUGACGAAGUACAUUCCAGAGCACCCCAAGCAGGUGUAAAAAAUGGUCGACAUUUUAAAUGUAACCAAUGUACCUACUCAACAACAACGCCUUUAUCCCAUUUCCGACACUGGUUGACGUCACAUUGCUCCUUUAAACCAUAUGAAUGCUAUUAUUGCCGUCAUCAAACACAUACAUUAGAACUUCUUAAUCGCCAUUGUGAAAUAGAGCAUAGGGUUCAUGACAAAUUUUAUAGGAUUGUCAAAGAACUUGAAAUGAAUGCUGCCAAGCGAUAUAAUGAAAUUUUUGGUAUGGCACUGAGGGUCCCUAUGGAAUGGGCAGGUAACCCCCAUUUACCACAACAACCACAACAGCAACAAAAUCAACAAAUGCCUCAACAAGCAAUUAAAAAUGGCCAAAAUUUUGUUCAUCCUGUAUCUGGAAAACCUCUAAAGGUUCAUAAAUAUAGGGUCGAUAACCUUAUAUCUUGUGGUCUUUUGAGUGUCGAUGAGGCUAAAUUACCACCGAUCCAAAUGUCGGCAAUACUGAUGCAGAGGCUAAGAUCAGAAAAUGGAACCCUGCUUCUCCCACCGCAGUCUGUUCAACAAAUGCCCCAACAGCAGCCCCAACAACAGCAACCACAACAACCGCAACAGCAGCAAGUGGCACAAACAAAUAAAGAUACGAAAGAUUCAGACUAUGAAAGCAGUUCACCGCAGAGUGAUGAUAAAUUGAAGCAUUCACCGAAUAGUUCACCUGCCCAAACAACAUCCGGUGCGCAGGUUAGUUGAUCUCAGCCUCUUUUCUCUCUUGCUCUCUCUCUCUCUCUCUUCCGUGCCUUAUUUGUAAAUAAGAUUGCCUUGUAAAUAAGAAAAUUAAAAAGUUACUGUGUAAUGUGUUCUAUACAAUAAUUUUUCUUUUUAUAUGGAUAAAAAUAGAAUUUUCCAUUUCUCACAAUAUUAUUCAUUUUAUUUUCUUCCGUUCCAGUUCAAGAGAGUAAAUAAUUUCCCUGCGAAAUAAAGUAAACGUACAAAAGUUUUUACAGUAUUAUUGAAAGAAAACAAUGAAAAAAAUAAGAUAAAAACAAAAAAAUAAGCAACUUUCCCUUCAAUCAUCAUUCCUUAAUCUACCCACCCCCGUACCAUUGCUCUAUUACUCCCUAUAUUCAUUUUGAGAAGAAAAAAAUAAACACGACAAGAGAUAGAAUGUAUUUUCUUGGCACUAUAUAUAUAUAUAUAGUAAUAUUUUUGUUUCACUUGUAGAAUUGCGUAAAUUGAUCAUUAGCUCGCAAUUCAAACUUGUUAUUUUUUGUCUUAUUUCAACAAAAUAAGGAAUUUUAAAAAGUAUUAAAUUAAUAGGGAAAUAUGAAAAAUAUCUUUUUCUUAUCAUAACAAAAACUUUUAACAUUAAGAUAAAAAGAAAAGAAAAUAAGGAAAUUAAAAGAAUUGUAUUUUCUGUUUCUUAUCGAUGAUUUUUUUUUGUUGCAUUGAAAUUUUUACCCCUUUUCCUGCUUCACCAUCCUCCCUAUCCCUCGUUCCCUUUUAUUGAAUAAUGUUGUCUUUAAUGGAAUAAUUCUAAUAAUUCAUAAAAUAUUGUUUUUUUUUUUUUUUAAUUUUAAUCCUGUCAAGCGUAGAAUAUUUUUGUUCUAUUUUUAAAUUGUACAUAAUACUUCGAAAGCAGAAUGCUCAAAAAAUUUGUGGUCGCCAGAUAAUCAUUUUUUUUGUUCGCCAAUUGUAUGUUUAAAAGUGUAUAGAUACGGUUGAUGUGCAUAAAAUCCUUAUCUAUGCUCAAUUAUAUAUAUAGUUUGUACUUCUAAUUCCUCUUAUAUGAGAUGUAAAAAUUCAAAUUAGUGUCACGUGACUGCUGAUUAGAGGCUUAAGUAAUAAAACAGAUGACAAUUGUUUACACAAACUUAUGUGAAGAUAUACAGUUUGUGAAUAUUAUAUAUAUAUAUAUAUAUAUUAUAUGUUAUAUAUGUAUAUGUAUAUAAUAUUAUAUUUACAUAGUGGUAACGUUUCCCAAAUUUUAUGAAUUAAACGGGGACGCUUUAUCAAUAAUGAGAUGAUAGAUUUUAAAUUUAUAACUGGUAUAAAAAAAAAUAUUUAAAUUUGAAAACAGAGAAGAUUUCUAAAUUAUAAAGCGUCGACCAGAAAACUGUGAUGAUAAUUUUUUUUGUUCUUUGUUAAUUUUUCUUUAUUAUAUUUUUUUCAUGCAAAAGAAAAUUCGUGUUAAACUUGUGUAUUGGGAAUAUUUUUUCAAGAAAAUCGUGCAAUUUAUCGUAUGUUUGUUGUGAUUCGUCCAGUUGAAAAACGUAACAGUAGCGAAGAUUUAUUCUAAUACAAAAAAAACUAUUUUUUUUACACAUAUACAUUUAAAAAAAACAAACAAA